AUCUUCUACUCUCAAUUUUCCACCCAAAUAGGUGCCCUAGAAAUUUAGAUAUUCUACCUACAAGUCUACACCCCAGCCGGACACUUGUUACUUUUGAUUUCUUGUCCAUUGCUGUUGUUGUUGAUUUACGGGGGAAUAUUUGGAUGUUCUGAUCUGGUUUGGUGUCUUAAUUGUGGUUAGGGUUUUUGUUAUUGGGGCUGUUGUGAGUUCAAAUGGCGGAUGUGGGUGAAGAAGAGGAGUAUGAGAGUGAUCCAGAGCAGGCGAAGCUAUCUCUGACGAUGCGGAGGAGGAGGGAGGCGAGUGACGAUGAGGAGGAAGUGGAUGAUGACGAUGAUGUGAGGGUUAGGGGAAGGGUAAGGGUAAUUGACUCUAGGGUUUCAGAUUAUGAAUCGGACGAUCAGGGUGCUGCGGCGGAGUAUGAUGAUGAAGAAUAUGAUUUAGCGGAUGAGGAAGAGUUGCUUGAGGAAGUUGAAGACGAACAGCUUGUACAAGGACGGGUUCGGAGUGAAGUUCAAGGUGUGAGGGAGGACUUGGAUGGUGUUAUCGAGGGGAAUUCUGUGGGAGUCAAAAGGGAGAACGAUCAAACAGAUGGGGAUGGGUUUUAUGCACCUGAGAGUGUUGAUCAGUUUGAUGACAAUGCGAAUGGAACAGUGGGAGAAGGAGAGGGAGAGGGAGAGGGAGAUGGAGGGCCGGAAGAAAAGAAGGAGAACGAGCCAUUCCAAGUGCCAACGGCUGGAGCAUUUUACAUGCACGAUGACCGGUUCAGAGACAGUUCUGGUGGUAGACACAGGCGGACACUUGGCGGGAGGAAACUGUGGGAAUUAAGAGAUGACAGAAAAUGGGGACAUGAUAAAUUCGAGGAAAUGUCUAUGCAAGAAAGGCAUUAUGAUGAGGGUAGGAGAGCUCCCAGGGGUCGUAAUCGAGGCACCCGUGGUAGAAACCGAGGAGAAGAUCGUAAUUUUGUAUCAGGAAACAGACCUAAAACAUACAACAACAAUCAAAAUAAUUCAUCCAGACCUGUGAGAGGUCGAGGCCCUAGAAAAUAUCAACCUACUUCACAAAACAAUUUUGAAGCUUCUUCACAAAACAGACAACCUGCAAAGUCAAUGGAGAAGACUGGGCAUGCAAAUUCAGGAAGAACAUCUGCUGCCACAUCAGCAUCAGAAUCCACUCAAGCUCCAGCUAGGAAAAACGUUCUGGCAUCUAAUUUGAAUUCUGCUUCUCCUCCAUUUUACCCUUCUGGAAAUAAAGAAACCAACAUGAAUCAGAAAAAAGAUGCUCAAACUGGAUCGAUUAAUAAGCGUGAAAAUUAUCCAGUUUCACAAUCCAAUAAUAACAUGCGAGGAAGAAAUGUUUCUGAUUCUUUAAACAUGGAGAAGCUUUAUAUUGAUGAUUCUGGUCCCUCUUUCAUCAAUCCUACCCAAAGGGCCGAGGUGAGAGGCCCAGGCCCAGUUUCUUUUGGGCAAGUAUAUCAACCUGUGCCAGUGCCACCUCAUCACCAAGUAAACCGGGUUUCUUCUCCAAACCAAGUUCAUUCUUUCCAACGAGCUCCUGCCCUUAACCAGCUUAACCCCAAUCUGCAAAAUCCCGGUCAGCGUUCUGCUAGUGGGUCCCGUGCUUCUUCCCCACCACCUAAAGAAUCUGCAGAAAUGGAAUCUCCUACAGAAAGUAAUGAUAAUUCUAAAACAGCAUUGGUUGGAAAUGGAAAUGGAAAUGGAAAAGGAAAAGGCAGUCUUCAGACAACGGGUAUGAGCUCAUUUUCUUAUCAUGGUGAUCAGAAUUUCCCUGGUGCUCCAACGUUUUUGCCAGUUAUGCAAUUUGCGGGGCAGCAUCCUGGUGGGCUUGGAGUUCCUGCUGUUGGCAUGGCAUUCCCUGGCUAUGUUGCUCAGCCCAAUGGAAUGGGGAAUUCAGAAAUGACAUGGUUACCUGUUUUGGCUGGUGCUGCUGGAGCUUUAGGUGCUGCAGGAGCUUUAGGGGCGACAUAUUGUUCACCUUAUAUCACAAUGGAUGGUGCUUAUCAUGCUAGGCCAUCUGGCCAGACCUCUGCACUGCCUCCUACAAGCAAAGACAGUAGUACAAAUAAACCUGGUAGUGAAGUGAAGCCUUCUCAGAGACCUGAGCUUGCAAAUGAUGAAUUGAGGCAACGACAGACUAAAGCUCGCAGAUACACAGAAAUGAAGUUUGAUAACUGCUGUAUUUCCCAAUUAUUUAAGGUAUGUGUUUGAAACGCCUGCUCAUGCUUCAUCUUCAUAGCAAAAGAAUGCAGCCUGACAGGUGGCAGGACUUUUUCUGGAUGCGAGGUUUAUUGUGGCUUUGUUUCUUUUGUUUUGUUUUGUGAAAGGCUUCCUUCUCAUGGGAAAGUACUAAAGAACAAGAGAUAUGGUGCAGUGGCUUUGUGUCAAGUCAAGUGUAGUAAAACUUU